AACCACGUUGGCCGAAGCCACGCCCCGCUGAGGUAGGCUGGGUCCCCAUGUCCCCGUGUCCCCGUGGGAAGGAACCUCCUCCUGGUGGCCGCCCCUCCUGCACGGACGUGGAGGAAGGGACUGUGGGCCUCUUGGGUGUCCAGCGGCCUGGAGCAACGCUGUGGUGACAGGCACGCGUCUCUGUGUCUUUACACGGCGUCAGGAAACAUUCGGAAGACGGGAUCUUCAAAGCUAAUUAUGAAAACAUUUGUUGUUGGAAUCAGUGGUGUGACAAAUGGUGGGAAGACAACACUGGCUAAGAACUUGCAGAAACACCUGGCAAACUGCAGCAUCAUAUCUCAGGAUGACUUCUUCAAGCCAGAAUCUGAGAUAGAGACAGAUAAAAAUGGUUUUUUGCAGUAUGAUGUACUUGAAGCACUUGACAUGGACAAAAUGAUGUCAGCCAUUUCGUGCUGGAUGGAAAGCCCAGCACACACAGGGGGAUCAACAGACCAGGAAACGGCUGAAGAAAUCUCCAUUUUAAUCAUCGAAGGUUUCCUGAUCUUUAAUUAUAAGCCAUUUGACACCCUAUGGAAUAGAAGCUAUUUUCUGACCGUUCCAUAUGAAGAGUGUAAGAGGAGGAGGAGUACAAGGGUCUACGACCCUCCAGAUGUCCCAGGGUACUUUGAUGGCCACGUGUGGCCCAUGUACCUAAAGCAUAGAGGGGAAAUGGAGCACAUCACCUGGGAAAUUGUUUACUUAGAUGGAACAAAAUCUGAAGAGGACCUUUUUUCCAAAGUAUAUGAAGAUCUAAUGAAAGAACUAGCAAAGCAAAAAGCUACAGGAUCCUGGCAAAACUGGCCACAGGCUCCUCAGCCCUCAGCAUAGCCUGGUUUAACCCUGGGUCUGGGACCAAGUUAGCUCCAGUGGCCUUUCCAGUGUUUCAAGUGAUGAGACUUCAGGUUUCUCCCAUCUCAUAGAACAGCUUGGCUUAAGGCUAACUUUUCAUGGCUCAAGUGGUAAAGCCACCUGCCUAACAAUGGCCCUGAGUUCAAACCCUAGUACCAC